ACCGCCGUCGCCCCGAUAACGACUGGCGGCUCCGCGGAGAAGACGGCGGAGGGCGCGUGGGUGGUCGCGCGGGGCGAAGGCCGCACGGCGCGACGCGACGCGACGCGGCGCGGCGCGGUGCGGUGCGGCGGGCGGCGCUGCUGGAGGCUGCGAGUCGCCAAUUGCACGCCCCUCCGCCGCCGCCCUCCGCCCUCCGUCCUCCGCCCUCCGCUCCCUGUCAGAGGGCGUUUAAGCCUCGCAGCAGCGCGGCGCGACGCGGCGUCACGUGGCUUUGAUUUACGAAGCCCGCUGCACUGUCACCACCCGACGGCAGUGGUGGGCACCAACGGCAGCGUCGUCAUCAAGGAGCGCAUCGACAUCGACUACUGCGACGACAGCGGGGACGACCACCGGCGGCGGUCGGACGACUGGGAGGGGGCGGGGGCGGCGGCGCCCGGGCCCGGGGUGGCGGUGCGGCCGUCGCGCAAGGGCCUGCGCCUCAACGACGAGGGGAGCUUCCACCAGCCGCCGCAGGAGGACCGCGCAGAGGUGGAACGCGUGCCGCUGCUGGGCCGGCCCACGGAUGAAAUUGCACCUGCCAGCGCAAAUAUAUGGGAGAAAUCUGAGCCUGCUUUGCUGAUGGCCGCAACCACUGGGCAGCCGAUAAUAAUCAGCGCCAAUACCGAGCAGCCUCUUAUAAUCAGCACGCCUGCUGAACAGCCAGUUAUCAUCAGCUGCAUGCAUGACAAGUCGCCGUGCCAUAAGGCGCCGUCCCGAAAUCAUGCGCCGGGACCGUCUACAUGCCCAAUUGAAAGCAAGGACCCACCGCCAUUAGAACAGAGCCCUCCGACGAAAAAUGAGCAAAAUGCAAAUGACCCUGCAAAGGAUUUCGUGUGGGAGACACCCAAACCGCUUGUAUUGAACGUUUCGAACCCUAAAUUACGUGUGAGCUUCGCACGUAAUUUAGAGACGGAGUCUGCAGCCAAGUCCGCCGUCAAUGACGGGCAAAAAGCAUCGACGCAUCAGUCCAACACCUACCCAUCGUCAAGAGUCCAAUAUUACUACGCCAUGCCGCAGAACUCGCACGACAGCAUUUUCUCCAAAGAAGCCCAGGAUGCGUCGUUCCCAGCGGGGCUGCAGCCCACGCGCCUCCUCACCACGACAGCGGACGCCCGGGGCGCGGAGUCGACGGCGUCGGCCGGCAUGGACAUCAUCCGGCAGAUCACGGCCUACACCGUGGAGCCCCCGCGCGUCAUCCUGCAGCAGCCCGCGCGCGCGCCGCCGCUCCGCGACGACACGCCGCUGGGCAAGGCGGUCGCGAGCAAGCUGUCGGCGCCGGUGACCAUCAGCGCGGUGGGCGCGGAGGACGACUCGACGGAGACGUCGGUGGAGCUGGGCAGCACGUCGCUGGGCGCGUCCGCCUCCCCGCCGCUCUCCCCCGACAGCGCCUCGCUGAAGAGCGACCCGUGCUGGGACGAGCCGCCGGUGCAGUUCAAGGUGCCGUCGACAGGCGGGAUGCGGGAGGGCGCAGCGGCCGCCGCCGCGGACGACAGCUCCCUCGCGGUGACGCUGCCGCCCGACGACACGACGACGACGACAUCGGAAGAAUCGUCCGUAGUGUCGUCGGGCGACCGCCCGGUGGUGCGCCGCGUCCCUCACGCCAAUCUCUCCAGGGGCCGCGCGCCGUCGCUGCUGCAGCCGUCCUCGUCCCAGAGCGCCGCGUACGCCCCGGACGCGCUCCAGCCGCCGCGCGCCUACACACACGUCGUCGUCGUUCAAGACAGUACGCUCGCUGCCCCCUACCUUGUCUUAUCCUUCCUCUUCCUUCCUCUUCCUUCCUCCUCCUUUCUCCUCCUCCCUUUUCCUUCCUCCUCCUUCUUCCUUUACACACACGUCGUCGUCAUCCGAGACAGUACGCUCCCUGCCCCCUACCUUGUCUUAUCCUUCCUCCUCCUUCUUCUUCGUUCCUCCUCCUUCCUCCUCCUUCCUCCUUUACACACACGUCGUCGUCGUUCAAGACAGUCCUUUGCACAAUAUAGGCAUUGUCAUGUCUAUCUAAUAUCAUUGCUACUCUCUGGUGACUUCUUUCUUCAACUGGUGAAUACAAUACAUUCAGCUUCUAAGCGUUCUUUUGAAUAUUUGGGUUCUGAAAAUAAAAUUCAAUGGCAAUUUACGUUACCAGAAGUCAAGUCAAAUGAAACAAGAAAGUAUCAUCAUCAAAAAGAUCCGUCCAGCUCGCACGCGGAGAAGGCGCGCGCGGCUGCGAAGCCCUCGAAGGCGCUGCGGCGCGAGCAGCGGGCGCGCAAACUGGAGAGCGAGCGCGGCGGCGUGCGCGAAACGUCCAGCGACGAGUUGGGCGCUCCGGGGGGCGAAGCCGCGUCGCAGCCCGCAGCUGGGGCCGCGCGACACAUCUGGCCCGCCGCCACCUCCUCCUCCGUCGUCUUCGGCGCCGCCGUCCACGUCCGCAGG